AUGACCAAUGACCAUCCAAAACAACAGAUGAUGCACUGUCUGAGUGAUGCUCUGGGGAAAGUGUCAUGGGGUUGUAACAUUGAGGAUGAUGACACUACAUAUUUGCAUUUCAGGAUAUCAAGAUCCCUCAGAUCGAAAUCUUCUGCAAUUUGCCUGGAUUUCCCUUUCAAACCUCAAAAAGCUCCCGUCGGACAGCCUGUUCUAGAGGCGGUGGCAAACCAAAGCCUGCGGAGCCAAUCAGAAGCCCGGAUAUCCAUGCCUUUCCUAGCCGCAAAUCAGAUUGCGUCUGAAAGAGACUGUUGA